AUAUUCUUGGCGGUCUUUCAAUGGGAUGUCUACGGUGAAGGCUGUCAAAACUAAAAAGGGUAAAAUCGAGAUAGAUGUUGAGCGAUACCGUUCUGAGGGCUUUUGGAGUAAGGCCUUAGAAGUAAUCCUAUCCCAUGGAUCCGACCGCUCCACGUCUCUUCAUAUGUUAAAUCAGCUAAUACUUUGUGAGAAUGAACUAGAAUGGAACGAUCAAGGUGAAUUACCACCAGAAAAUUUGUCCAAGGCUAAGAGGUAUGCGGAAGAAGUUAUGAAUGGAAAUGACGAGCAAUAUAAAUUUGAGGCAUCUGUCCUUCUUGGGAAAAUAUACUAUCUACAGGGGAAUAGUGAAAAAGCUCUUAAGAUUUUAAGUUCCCUCAAUUUGUUAUCUGCCAAAAUGGACCCUAUUACACUGCGUUUCAAUUACAUCGUUAGUGAGGGUUUGGCUGUAUUGGGUUUGUGCAAAGAAGAACAGUCAAAGCUAAAAAGCCUAUCUGACAUAUCAAAAGAGAGAGACAAUAUCAUUAAUUUAUUCAACCUAGCUUGUCACAUGUGCAUAAAACAUCUUCAGGAAUUAGAUCGAACUCAACCAGAACAUACCAAUUCAUCUGUCAGUCUACCACCGAUUGUAGAAAAAGUCAUACAAAAGAUUCCGGAAAUUCUGAUUAAAAAGGGUGACAUACCUGGUGCUAUUUCGAAAUAUCGAACUAUUCUUGGAUAUUGUGAGUUGCCUGCUACCAGGUCUCUUAGACGAGCUUUAUCCUUACGGUUUUCUGAACUGCUGUUACGGAGUGUAUGCAUAAAGACAUAUCACAAGUAUAAUACAUCGAUGGAUCAAGAUUCCUCAACAGAUAAGGAUGCACAACUAAUUCCAUACCGAUAUCCUACAAAUAGAUACAUUCCAGACAAUCGAAUAGAAGAAGCCAUUUUUUCGUUAAUGAUUUCCGAACACAUAGCCAGUCAAGAUGUUAUACUUAAUCGACCGUCAGAAUUAUCUGAACCACAAAUAGUUCGAUCAUUUAACAAUGCAGCUGCUGUCUACGACUUACUUGCCAUACUUCUUACUAAAGUUAAACAUUUCAAAUUUCUUUCUAAAUGCCUUGAAAAAGCACUCAAGUUUUCUUAUCAUCAAUUUCAUAUCUGGUAUCAAUUCGCUUUAUCACUUAUCAGUUCUAAACAAUAUUAUCGUGGUUAUUUGGCUCUACGCGAAUGUUUGCGAAUUGAUAAUUCUAAAAUAUCCGUUUAUCUAUUCGCUAGUUCAUUAUGUUUGGGUCAUUUGAAUUUAAUUGAAGAAGGCAUGGAAUUAGCCUCACAGGCAGUAGAGGUUUCUGCACAGUCUGAAACAGCCUUUAUGGCUCGUGCUCAUUUACUAGUUGGUUGGGGUUGGUCUAUAUUAGCCAGGUCAUGUUGUGUUGUAGAUAAAAAAAGUGAAUUGCGUAAUCGUGCUGUAAAAGAGUAUAGAAUUGCUAUUCAACUAGAUCCCGAUGAUUAUCUAGGAUGGUAUCAUUUAGCUGUUGAAUUGGCUACACAACGUCAUUUGGACGAAGCCUUGUCAAUUUGUCAACAAAGUUUACAGUUAAUGCCAAUACAUUCCAAUACAUUGUAUUUAUUAGCGUUAUUGCAUACAGCUGGAGGGAAACGUUUAGAUCAAGCUGCAAAGGCAUUAUAUGUUGGUUUAAGCGAUAGACCAAAUGAUUUUAAUUUAUUGUUUUUAUUAGCUAAAAUUGAAGAAGCUAGAAUUAAUCCUAAAGCUGGUUUGAAAGUCUAUCGUCAAUUGUUAAAAGUAUGGCGUGAUACAUUCUCGUUAGGGGCUAAUUCAAAGGUAAUAUUCAAUCGAAUUCGAAAGGCUGCCCUAUCAAAUAACAACGAUAUAACUAAUUCAAAUACUCCUGAUGACUUGACACUUUCCAGUGUUUCUUCAUUCAGUCCGUCGUUAGAAUUAGACGAUGACUGUUCAAUAUUAAAUGUAUGGGAAGAAAAAACUAGCAACAGCAAUUACUUACAGUCUGCGCUAUCUGAUAUAGCGAUUGGUUGUGCUGGCCAAACUGGUGCAUCUAUCGUACCGCUUCCAAGACAAUCUCGUCCGGGCAAUCAAAAUCAAACAACUGCUUUGAAAGUACAAAUUAAAAUUUACCAAGGUCUAGGUAGGUAUUAUGUGAGUGCAUUUACAUUUUCUCCCUGUGCUCACGUUUUUUUAUUAUUCAGCUCUUUCUAAGUUCUGAACUGUACAGUAAACGAAGUUCUUCAUUAUUCUGUCUGUUCACUGUUAAGAGUCUGUAUUUUGCUUUCCAUUUUAUUGAAACCUAAUAGAUCCUUCGGAGGAUUAUAACCUAAUAACUGAGUGACAAAUGAAGUCUGGAAAUCAUUGCAAGAAACUUAUCUGCAAAAUAGGUGUUAUUGAUAUAAAAAUAACAAAUAGCCGGGACUAUAGGUCUAAAACAGUGAGCUGUGGUAUUAGCAAAACAAGGCCAACGAUAGGAUGCUUCUUUUAAACAUGUAUCUAAUAAAUAAUUCAUAAGACAUCGUAAAGUGAAUAACAAUUUAGUAAUUAGAGCUAUUCAGCAUCAAAUAUAGAGGUUGUUAAGAAUAAAUACAUUUUCAAUGAACAACUUACUACAUAGAUACAAAACUCAGUUGAUGGAAAAGGAAUACAAUAAGAUGGAAAUAACUGUUAAAUGAAGUUACAUAAAGUACAGUAAAUAUACAUUAUGAACUCCACGUUUAAAAAUGAUAUCAGAUACUGAAUAAUAGUAAGUAUUGUUGAAUAAUACACCAUAAAGAACGGAAAAUAUAAAAAACUGCAAAUCAGUUCAUAUUAAGCAGGUUGUAAGUGCCCAUCAGUUGACUUCAUAUACCGACAAACCGAUGGUGUAGCAAUGGAAAGUCCGUUAGGUCCUUCUCUAGCAGAUGUUUUCAUGGCUAAUCUCGAAAGAACCAAGAUCAAAGGAGCGAAUGAUAGAAUGAUGUAUUAUUCGUGGUAUGCUGAUGAUAGCUUCAUCGUACGUAAUAAUCAACAAAUCGGCUAAAACUUUUCAACGAAGCCCAUCCAAAUAUCCAUUUUACUGUGGAACAUGAAAAUGAAAACAAGUUCCACUUUCUCGAUAUCGCAAUGAAGGUGAUUAUGUCACAGGGUCAAUCAAUAUGAGACUAAAAACUGCAUUGAUAAGAACCUAUCCUGCAGCUAAACUGACUGUCCUGUCCGAAACAAUAUGUUCUUCGACACCAUCAAAGGUCGAUAGGUAUCCCUUUCAUGUUACCACCAACUUUGUAUACAAAUUUACAUGUAUCUGACAAAACAGCUACAUUAGUAGAACAGAAAGGAGAGCCUACGUCCGAUUUAAAGAACAUAUUCCGAAAAGUUUAAGAUCGAAUGGGUUAAAAGCAUUCAGCAGUGCCAUUGCAAGACAUCUCCUUGACACAGGACAUGAAUUGAUACACUGAAGUCCUUCGAGGUGAUUAACAAACAAUCAAACUCCAUCCUUUUAAAAUUUAUCGAAGCAAUAGCGAUUAAACGUCUAAAAUCACAUCUCUGUAUACAAAAAAAGACAGUAAUAAAUCUUUCUUUGCCCUGGUAACAUUACCCUCCUUUUUUGUUUAUUACGUCAUUCACUAUUUCAAAUCUUUCUGAAGUUUAGAUUACAUCAUUGUCGUUUUUCUUUAAUUCAUAACUGACUGAUCUCAGUUCAUAUCUUUCUUUAUUGCCAUUAAUUUAUUUCCAGUUGCUUCAUUAUAAAAUCAUCUAAUGUUUGUUAACUCCAUGAGUUCUAAUCACUAUUUCAAUGUUCUAGAACUUUUCCUCCCAAACUUUAUUUAUACUAAAUAAAAUUUUUAUGACCUUAUUAACUCUUGAAAUCUUCGUUACAUCAUGAUACAUAUAUUCAUCUUUAAUCACCAUUGUAUGUAUAAGUAUGUCAGUAUCUGUAAUAACGUUGAUUCUCAAAUAUUUUAGGUUGUAAGAAGCUGAUGAAAACCUAACGAAAUAAAAUGAAUUCAUAUUAUUCCGCACCAAUCUUCGUUCUUGCUCUCCUUAGGACUUUAGGAUUAUUAAUGCAACAUCACUUGAUUCUGUAACCAUUGAUUACGAUAAUCACGCAGACUUCGAUCAGGUAGCCCACACUUAUUAAUAUGACUAUCGAGUUGUCAGUGUCCUCAUGAACUGAUGUCACGUUUUGGUUUUACCGCCCCCAACUUUCUUCUAGCCUUCUACGUGAGACAUCUUCCGUAGUGUUUGUACAUUCAACCAAAAGGUCUCAACCACGUCUAUCGACAAAGAUUCACUAACACGUCACCCAAUCUUCCAUUUUUAUCAAGUACCCUGUCGAAUAUGUCAAGUUGAACUUUAAACAGCAAUGUAUUAUUUUAUUUUAUUUUAUUUGAACACAUGAAUAUUGGUACAAGAGAGCGCCAAUAUAUAUGCGCCACACAAAACAAUGAGAAUUCG